CAUGCCAAGUCUCUCAUUGAUUUACUAAACUCACCACCAUAUAAUAACAUUUUUAUAUAUAUACCUAUCCUGUUCCCAUUUCUCAUGCAUGUUCAUGAAGAUGGAAGCUUCUAGUAAAUGGAAAUCAAUGACCACAAUAAGAUCCGAAGACGAGGAACUCGAAAAUGGCGAAGCAGAGAGGAGGAGGAAGAAGGGGAGAAGGAAAGGGGUGGGAAUGUUUUGUAAUUCAGAUAAGAAUUAUGAUAUGGGGAAGGGAAUGGUACUAGACCCAAGGCUGCCCAUAUUAAACAAAUGGAACAGAGUUUUUCUGGUGGCUUGUCUAGUGUCACUAUUUGUGGACCCUGUGUUCUUCUUCCUGCCGGUGGUGAACGCAGAGGAGGGGUGCGUGGAAAUGAGCGGAGCGUUAGGGGUGUCAUUGACGGUGAUUCGGUCCAUGGCAGAUGUGUUCUACAUAACACACAUACUAGUUAGGUUUAGAACAGCUUACAUAGCUCCCUCUUCUAGAAUCUUUGGAAGAGGAGAGCUUGUGAUUCACCCUUCCAAAAUUGCUGCUAACUAUCUUAUUUUCGAGUUCUGGCUUCAUCUUGCUGCUUCAUUGCCUCUUCCACAGGCAUUCAUAUGGGUUGCAAUGCCAAAAAUGAGGGCAUGGAGUUACUUUGUUCGUUUCUCCAUUCUGUUGCAGUACCUUUUGAGGUUGUAUCUCAUCUUCCCUUUAUCUGAUCAAAUCAUUAAGGCCACUGGGGUUCUGAUGAAAACAGCUUGGGUUGGAGCUGUUUAUAACCUAAUGCUCUUUAUGCUAGCAAGCCAUGUUUUGGGGUCGUGUUGGUAUCUUUUAUCCAUAGGACGACAAAUGGAAUGCUGGAAAAAAGUAUGCAGUUUGGGGCAUUACUUGGAUUGUCAACAUGAGGUUUUUUAUUGUAAAGCUGUAGAGAGAGAUCCAAACAAAAACAAAGCUGCUUGGUUUCAACUUGAAGCAACUAAUAUUACAAAUUUAUGUCAUCCAAGUGCCACCAAUUUCUUUCACUUUGGGAUUUUUUCUGAUUCUUUUGCAUCAACUUCUUCCCCCUUCUUCAGUAGGUACUUGUAUUGUUUUUGGUGGGGAUUGAGGAAUUUAAGCUCUCUUGGACAAAAUUUGCUAACAAGUAGCAAUGUGGGAGAAAUCAAUUUCGCGAUUGUGAUUGCCAUUAUUGGCUUGGUGCUUUUCGCACUUCUCAUUGGGAAUAUGCAAACUUAUCUCCAAUCAACAACAUUAAGACUAGAAGAAUGGAGAGUAAGAAGAAGAGACACAGAGCAAUGGAUGCAACACAGACAAUUACCAAACCAAUUAAAACAGAGCAUAAGAAAAUACGAACAAUUCCGAUGGAUGGCAACUCACGGCGUUGACGAAGACCAAAUUUUAAAAUCCCUUCCUCUAGAUCUCCGACGAGAAGUCAAACGCCAUCUCUGCCUCGAUCUCCUCCGUCAAGUUCCUCUGUUCGACGAAAUGGAAGAAAGAAUGUUAGACGCAAUUUGCGAGCGAUUAAGACCCUGUUUAAGCACUUCCAACACUUGUUUACUUCGAGAAGGCGACCCAGUUAAUGAAAUGUUGUUCAUAAUCCGUGGCCAUUUGGAUUCCCACACCACCAACGGCGGCCGGACUGGGUUCUUCAAUUCGAGCCGUCUUGGGCCGAGUGAUUUCUGCGGUGAGGAGCUGCUCCCUUGGGCGUUGGAUGAUGACUCUAGGUCCACGGCGGUGCUGCCGACGUCGACGAGGACGGUGACGGCGGUGACGGAAGUGGAGGGGUUUGCGCUUGUGGCGGAGGAUUUGAAGUUUGUGGCGGCGCAGUUUCGGAGGCUGCAUAGCAAGCAGAUCAGGAGUACUUUCAGGUUUCAUUCGCAUCAAUGGCGGACGUGGGCGGCGUGUUUUAUACAGGCGGCGUGGUUUAGGUAUAAACGGCGGCAGAAGAAGGAGGAUGAGAUUAAUAUCGUGGUUAAUCAUAGAUCGUUGGUGAAGCCCCUUCAACUUGAUUUCUCGGUGGAAGAUAGAUGAAGAUGAUUGAUGAAGAUGAACAAAAAAAAAAAAAAAAAAAACGAAAAAGAAAAAAAAAUGUGUUUUUUUAAUGUCUAAGUCAGCAUUGGAUCCAAGUAGAUAAUAAGGAUAAUGAUAAGUUGAUUCUGAUUCUAUUUUCGAAAAUUGUUUAUAGAUUCUGUGAAUAGUGGUGAUUAUGGAAACAAUGUUUUUUUUAGUA